AUGACAAUAAGUGGCUUUUUACCUCCUCUUCUAAUGACAAUCUUGGCCUCUUUGACAAUGAAAAAUUUUCGAUAUCUGCGAGUUCAUUCAAUGUCACAUGAACAUGCUGUUACUCCAUUAUCAUCGAAAGAUCGUCAAUUAGCUAUUAUGCUGCUGUGUGAAAUUGUUAUUUCAGUAGUCUUUUCAUCAAUAGGUUCGAUUCUUUAUGUUGAUACACAAAGAAUUCCGAAUCAAGGCAAAACAAUUGAACAACGGGCUGUCGAUAAUUUUCUCCUGGAAUUUUCUUUAGAUCUGGUAUUUGUACAAGCUACUGUGGCUGGCUAUUCAAAUUUUAUCGUCUCAAAAACAUUCCGUAAAAAUCUUCAAAAACAAUUUUGGAAUAUAAUACCUAAUGCAUGUCGUCGAAUAUGGAUCAAUCAUUUCUCAAAUAUGCCAUCAAAUGCAUUAGACAGAACUGGCAGAGCUGGGACAAUGCAUCUUUUUUUUUUAACAUUUAUUUUUAAUGUGCCUUAUAUUGGUUCACAUGUUAAAUGUAAAGAAAAAAGAACGAAGGGAAAAAUAUUAACGAGUAAUAAUGGAAGAGAAAGAAAGGGAAAUUGA